AUGUUCAAAAUCAUCGCCAUCGUCGCCUGUCUGGCCGUGGUUGCGUCCGCGCAGUACUACGGUGGAGAGCAUGGUCUUAGCGGGUAUGGCCACCACCACGAGGAGCCGAAGGAUUACUACGCUUACCCCAAGUACAAGUUCGAGUAUGGCGUGAAGGACCCUCACACCGGGGACCACAAGAGCCAGUGGGAGGUGCGCGAUGGAGAUGUCGUCAAGGGACAGUACUCGUUGCAUGAGGCUGAUGGAACCGAGCGUGUGGUUGAGUACAAAUCGGACAAGCACAGUGGCUUCGAGGCUGUCGUCAAGAAGGUUGGACAUGCUCACCACCCGCAGGUGUACGGAGGACACCUAAACCAAAGAAAAUCCUACAAAAUGAUGAAGCUAACCAUCGUCGUCCUGGCCGUCCUGGCUGUCGUUGCUGCAGGAGAAUACGAGCACCACGACUACCAUUCGCAUCCGAGCUACAAGUUCGAGUACGGCGUGAAGGAUCCCCACACUGGUGAUCACAAGAGCCAGUGGGAACAUCGGGAUGGAGAUGUCGUCAAGGGAGCCUAUACCCUGCAUGAAGCUGAUGGAACUGAGCGAGUGGUCGAGUACUCGUCGGACAAGCACAACGGAUUCCAGGCUCACGUAAAGCGUGUGGGUCAUGCUCACCAUCCGGAGGUGUAUGGACAUCAUGAAGAGGGUCAUUCAUAUGGUGGACACGGACACGGACAUGCCAGCAGCUACGCCAACGGAAACCUCUAUCAGCACCAUCAUUGA